AUGUUUAAGAGAUUUUCCAAGAAGAAAGAGGUUCCUGAAGAGCCAAAAAAUUUAAUUGAGAUUGACAAGCCAAUUAAGGACUUGCCUGCCUCGGUAUCUAUUCCAGAGGAAAAACCACUCACCGAUGAACAAAAAAAAAUGUACAAGGACGUUCUGAAAUACUUCAGUGAUCCUGACUUGAAAAUCUACACAAGUGAAAAAAAUAGAUCAGAAGAAGAAGUCAAGCCCUUAGAGGAGGAGGAAAAAGCUUGGUUGACAAGAGAAUGUUUCCUGCGUUACUUAAGAGCCACCAAAUGGGUCUUAAAGGACUGUAUCGAUAGAAUCACUACGACUUUGGCAUGGAGAAGAGAAUUUGGCAUCAGCCACCUCGGAGAGGAACACGGUGACACACUGACCGCUGACUCCGUGGCCGUAGAGAACGAAUCCGGUAAGCAAGUCAUUCUGGGUUACGAAAACGAUGCUAGGCCCAUCCUGUAUUUAAAACCGGGCAGACAAAACACAAAGACCUCUCACAGACAAGUGCAGCACUUAGUCUUUAUGUUGGAAAGAGUCAUCGAUUUCAUGCCAGCUGGCCAGGAUUCUCUAGCUUUGCUAAUAGAUUUCAAGGAGUAUCCUGAUGUGCCUAAAGUACCCGGUAAUAGUAAGAUUCCACCUAUCGGUGUAGGUAAAGAAGUUCUGCAUAUUUUACAAACUCACUAUCCAGAAAGGCUCGGGAAGGCGCUUUUGACAAAUAUCYCUUGGUUGGCAUGGACAUUCUUAAAAUUGAUUCAUCCAUUUAUCGACCCAUUGACCCGUGAAAAACUGGUUUUCGAUGAACCAUUUGUCAAAUACGUCCCUAAGGACGAACUGGAUUCAUUAUAUGGUGGGGAACUGAAGUUCAGGUAUAAGCAUGAUGUAUAUUGGCCAUCUUUGGUGGAUGCUGCCCGCGAAAAGAGAGAUCAUUAUUUCAAGAGGUUCCAAAGCCUCGGCGGUAUUGUAGGUUUAAGCGAAGUCGAUUUAAGAGGUACUCACGAUAAACUCAUUUACCCAGUAAACUCAGAAAAAUAA